AGAGAGAGAGAGAGAGAGAGAGAGAUGACGAGAGAGGACUGUUUUGUGGAUGAAAUGAGAAUGCAGGUCAUCAUUGGGAUACUGUGGAUGUUCCCAGGAGUUGUCAUGGGUUUGCUGUUCCAGGAUCCUGUUGUCUGUAGAUUUACAGAGACUAAUCAGUGUAACGUAGCUCUUGGACAACGGCUGCAUCUGCAAAUGGUUGAGGAGGAUUUGUUUUAUCUAAUACUGAGCAACAAUCACUUCAUUUUAAAAUAUAAAAAAAACCAACUUAACCUACCAAAACCAAAUCCCCCAAGAUGGCAGUUUGUUAAUGAUAAUAAAACUAUGAUACUAAGCAGUGCAGAGAGGAACGACUCUGGAAAAUACACUUUAGUGAUCAAUAAAGCAGACGGGAAUAUUACAACAUUUUAUACUCUUCAACUGAACAUUGAAGCUGAGGUGUCCUCAGUGAAAGUGUCAUACAGCUGCUUGUCCCCUGGGAUCAGGAAAGUGUACUGUUCUGCUGAUGGAGACAACCUCCACUUCAACUGGACUUCUGAUUUAAACCCAGUCACUCAACUAGAGGAUGGGAACAGUACUUUCCUGCUGGAACAAAACCAUGGAAAAGUCACGUGCCAUGUGGAAAAUCACGUCAGUAGCGCACAAAAUUCCACCAAACUCUAUCCAUGUAUUGGUUUCAUGGUGUUUGUGACUGUGUGGCUCUUUGAAGUCAUCAUCCUGCUGUUACUGUUAGUGGGAACAUUUUAUAUCUACACGAGAAUGUAUAGGAAACAAUCAGUAAAUGUGGAUUAGUAACAGAAGAAGCAGUAAAUGGUUGCUGUCCUCCAUGCCAGUCACCAUGAGUCUCCAUCACAUUCAUGGCAUCAAUAACAGAUCGUUUAAACAGAACACAAAUUAAAUUUUAAACCACGUUUAGGUUUUGCUUGUUCAAAACUAUAGCAGUCUCAUGAUUCCUGCAGGUUCCUUGGCCUUGUCUCUGUCAAAAUUUCAUGCAAUGAUUUAAUGCUGUUGUUACAAUCAUGCCAACAAUGCUUUUGUGGAAAUUAUUUUCCACAGUGUAAUAUGAUAAGUUUACUGUGAACACUCUCCCCUGCCCAUGAACACCCCCCUCCCCCCAUUUCCUGUGUUGGCACCUUUUUCUCCUUGUUCCUCUGUGAAGCCCCUCACCAUUUACAUAUUUAUUUGUCUCCCCAAAUACCAUUCGUGCUCAUACCUUCCUGAAUAACAUUUGCUCAUACUACUAUGACUUCUUAGAAACCAUAUAUGGUGUUGUUCCUGUCUUACAUUGAUAUACUUCCUGUUUCAUGCAAAUAUGCCCUUCUGCCUAGCCAGUCGAUAGUUAACCCAUUGUUUCUGUUGUGUGCCAAGCCUCUGGCUUUCUUUGAAUAAAUCAGAGAUCUUGCCAUUUGAA